AUUUCCGGCUACCGAAAAGCAAGUCGUCGCCUGGUUGCAGCUUUGCGUAGAAGCGUGACUUUUCUCCGGAGACGCAACAACUGCGAUACUACGUGUGAUAAUACGUUCAUGGUACACGUUCAUGGUACGUUCAUUGUACUGGUUUAAGGUUCCAGCAUGGCACUUUAUACGAAAGCAGCAGAGAUUCUCGAUAAAGUGGAGCAAAAGAGGGGAGCUGUGAAAACUCUGGUCUACGACAGCAAAUUCCAGAAUAUAAAGCAGCUCUUUGCCCUCGUGUGUGAGACUCAGAAAUACUCAGCAGUGCUCCAGGAGAUUAUCGAGACCACCAGGCUUCUGAAAUUAACCAACCUCCGACAGCAUCUAGCAAAGGUUUUGGUUUAUGACUUGCUCAUUGGCCAGGGCUUAAAAUGCGGUGGAAGCUGGAAGGCAAUGAUGUUGAAACAUCGCUCCAGAUUACAAGCUGCUUUGGCCCGAAUUAAAGUCAAGCGGAAAGUCAGUCGAAAUCAGGACCUGCUUCCUCCCAAUGUGCAGCGUAACAACGAUGUAGAUAUUCCACGUUAUGUACGUGUUAACACGUUGAAAACAACUGUGGAGGAUGUUAUUGACUACCUGAAGAGAGAUGGAUUUUCAUAUCAAGGAACGGCAAGCCAGCUUGAGGAUUUAUGCUCUCUCUCUGGGAAGACUUUUAUGAGUGAUCUUCACCUCAGAGAUCUUCUGGUUUUCAGUGCGAAAGUGGACUUCCAUGAUCAUUACCUGUAUAAAGCAGGGCACAUUAUCUUGCAAGACAAGGCCAGCUGUCUCCCUGCGUACCUCCUGGACCCCCCAGUUGGAGGCCAUGUAAUUGAUGCUUGUGCAGCUCCUGGGAAUAAAACCAGCCAUCUGGCAGCCAUCAUGAAAAAUAAAGGCAAGCUGUUUGCCUUCGACCGUGAUACAAAGCGACUCUCCACCAUGAGCACUCUCCUCCUUCGUGCUGGAGUCACAUGUCAUCAGCUGGCUAAUGAGGAUUUUCUUAAAGUGGAUCCACUUUCCCCAGCAUACAAGGAUGUGAAGCACAUCCUUCUCGAUCCAUCAUGCAGUGGUUCAGGAAUGGUGUGUUUGCAUGAUGGUGGCUCAGAGGAACAGGACCCUGAGCGUCUGAAGGCACUAGCCACAUUUCAGCUGCACUGCCUGAACCAUGCACUUAAGUUCCCAAAGCUCCAGAACCUUGUCUACUCCACGUGCUCCAUCCACACACAGGAGAACGAAGAGGUCGUGUCUGUCUGUCUCGAGAAAAAUCCUGAUUUUAGACUAAUCCAUCUUCUCCCUGAGUGGCCUGAGCGGGGUCGUGACCCACUGCCGCAGUGUCUCAGAGCCAGUACUACAAAAACGUUCACUCAUGGUUUCUUCAUAGCUAUGCUGGAAAGGCAGGCUACUCGAAACAGCGGAAGCCUUGAUGAACAAACUCCUUCCAAAAGUGAACCUACUGUUGGUGAAGAGGAGCAAAUGGUGGUAUCUGUGGAUGAACAACUUCAACUUCCUGCAGCAAGGAAAAGGAAUAGAAAGAAACCCAAAAAGCAGAAAUCCUAAGAUGUUCACUUAUGAGAAGUAUAAAAUAUUAUGUAUGAUGUUGAAUUGAGUAUUUCAGUAAGUCUUAAUUAUAUCAAACAAUAUUUUCAGAGAUUUAAUAAAAAAUAAAU